AUGGGUAAUUUAUUUUCAAGAAAAAAUCGUACUACUUUGAUUGAAGGACAAGUAGACGACGAGCACAAUGACGUUGAUAAGUAUGAAGAAUUUUUUGACUGUUUAAAUAAUUCAAACGAUGAUAAUGAUGCAUCUGAAAUAACUCACGAGAAAACUGAAUCACAUUAUUAUGCUGUAUGGAUUCCAUCCAAUGUUGAGAAAAUGGAAUUUAUAUUUGACAAUAUGAAAAGUGCAUUUGCACUGUGCAAAAAGUAUAGUAAAUAUAAUAGUCGUGUUAAAGUGUUUUUAAGUCAAAAUGAUGCCGAAAAUUUUAUUCGUGUCAAUGAAGAAGAUAUGAGUAGUUCGCUAACAAUCAAUAAUAUAAAUCAAAAUCUUAAUGCAUCCAAAACGAAUAAUGAUGCUGAAAAACUUCCGUACAACGAUGUUCCCACGAGCGAAUUAGCAAAAUUACGAGUUAUAGGUGAAAAAGGUCAUGCUGAUGAAUUACACCGUUUAGCAUGGUCUAAUCCACGAUAUCUAAUUAGUAGUGGUGAUUCACCAACAAUUAUCAAAGUAUCGACUCGUUAUAAUAUUUUACAUAUUGCUGCUUUAUCUGGUCAAGCCAUAAUUAUUCGUACUACGAUAAAAAUAAUUAAAGAUGUUAAUUUUAUCAAAAAAUUGUAUAUAAAUGAUUCAAAUGAACAAAUACAAGCACGUCUCGAGUACAUCGUUGAUAUGUAUUUGAAUACACCAGAUAAAAUGCAAAAUGAAACACCGUUACAUUUAGCUUCAAAAUUUGGACAUUAUGAAGCUAUUCGCGUUUUAUUAGACGAAUCACAAUGUCUGAAAACGAGUUUGAAUAAAUCCGGACAAACACCCGAGAAAAUUGUUUGUAGCAGAUGUAAAGAUACAUCAAAUAUAAAGAAGAUCGUUGACCUAUUUCAAACAAUGUUUUAUGUACCAAUAUAUAGACGAAGAGUAUCAAUGGAAAAAGAAUUAUCCAAACCAAUUGAUGAAAUAACGUUUAAAUCAGUAAUACUAUUAAAUCAACCAUUAUCUGUGAGUCAUGAUGUAGACGAUAGACGUGAUUUGGUUUUGACGGCCUAUGCCGGUCCAACCACUUAUGAAAUGGCUACAAAAUUUUAUCAAUCUGUGUAUUCAUCAACACAUGGUCAAUCACGACGAAAACAAAAUAUAACAUCAUCGCCAAAAAGUCCUGUAAAUAUAUUGCGUAGUGAUGGUGAAAAAGGUUUAGAAAGAAUAGCUAGAUCUUGUGCAAUUGAAGAAUAUGAUAUUGAUUGGAAUGAAUAUUGGUCAUUCUUAGAUAUGUAUACAAAUUUAUCAACUGAAGAUGGUUUAACAUUAUUAAAUUAUUAUUUAUUACAACGUAUGUUGUACACACAAAUAAUAGAAACAAUUGAACAGUGUCAAAAAUUAUCUAUUCGUUAUACUAACAAUGGUGGAGACAGUGAUUCAAUUUUAACAUGUAUUACAGAAUUAAGUCAAACAUUAUAUUCACUAAUUGGCAUACUAGAAUUAAAUGAACGUGAUGAUUGUAGAAUGAUUUUAAGUAAAAAAUAUAAAACACAUUUGGAAUUUGGUUUUAACGAAGAAUUAGAACAAGUUCGAUUAAAUUUAAUUAGUAAAUUAAAAUAUCUAUCAGAUAAUCGUUAUCAAUUAUUAUCAAAACCAUUUUUAAGUCGUUUGACAAUGAUUUUUGGAUUUCUUAUUAGUGUAUCAGGUUGCAUUCUAAUCGAUAAUAUUAAUGAAAAACAACAAAAACUAAACGGUACACAAAAACGUCUAUCGAUAUCAUAUCUAAAUAUUUUAACAACUAUAUGUCCACAGGUUCAUCGAACACUUCUCGAUUAUCAACGAACAAAACUACCAAAAAUGGGACGACAACGAACGUGGUCUUGUCCAGAUGAAAUCAUAUAUUCCGAUAAAAAAAUGCGACUAACAGAUAGACAUUGUCGAUCAUCUACCGAUAUUUCAUCAUAUUUUUUCGAUAAUAAUUCAUCAUCUUCAUCAUUAAGUAUAAACAUAAAUAGUAAUUUAUCAUUGCUCAAGUAUCAAAUAUCAAAAGUGUCAAUCGAUGAACUACCACAGAGUAAAAGACAUAGUUCAAUAACAAUAUCCACUUUAUCAUCACAAAUCGGUGUCACUUCAAUGGAUACAAAUAAAGAUGAGACGUGGCAUUAUUUUUUAUUUGGUUCUGAACCAACUAAACUUGAUGUUCAUGUCAUACGUGCAAUAGAUGUUGGUAAAAAUAGUAGAAAAUUAAUAAAAAAAUUUCCAUUUGUUACUAAAUGGUAUCAGGUUGUACAGUUACGUCCAGCUGAAGAACAAAAUUCAUGGAUAACACCUGUUCGGUCAACACGCAAGGUUUUGUUUGGACUCAGUGAAGAAAUAUCAGCGCGUCAUAUUAAACGAAAAAUAACAUCGAUAUCAACGCCAACACUAGUAUCACUCUCUCAAACAGCUGAACGAUCUACGUCACCGAUUCUUAAUUCAGAAAAACGAAGAAGAAUAAAGAAUGAGUAA